AUGGCUAAACAAGGGGACUACCAUGAGGUCAGUGUGACGUUUUACCUUUUUAAAUAUUAUUUUAGUAUGUUAUGUCAAAGGAGGAGUUUGAGAAACCAAUAACUGAUGGCUACGUGAAGAACCUAGCGGAGAUGCCAAUAGAACAACUCAUAGAUGACUAUAAUCCAGGUACUCAUCUUUUCAUAUUAUUUUUAUCUUUAGGACCUACUAAUCCUGAUGGGACAGUAAAUUUUGAGUGCCAUUGUGUGGCUCAUCUUGUGGCCAGUCCUUGUGGCCACGAGUUUCGACAAGCAAUUAGUUGUCAGAAGGCCGCGGAAGACGAUGAGAUGAAGAAUGGGGAAUGUGCGGAUAAGUUCAUUCAGUUCAUGCAGUGUGCCGUCCGAACGCAAUGUUUUAGACGUAGGUCUUGUCUAAAGAUAAUUGAAGUCUAUUAUGUUUAGCAUCAGGCCAAGAUCCCGAAGAGGAAGAAAAAUAG